GCCUGAGGGGCGGAAGUAGCUGUUGGAAGCCUCCUCCCGGCUUUAAAUCCUUGCGGUCUCGGGAGCUCGGCGCUCGUUGCUGGGGUCCGGCGUCGCGCGCCUGAUGGCUCUGGACGUGAAGUCUCGAGCAAAGCGCUAUGAGAAACUGGACUUCCUCGGGGAGGGGCAGUUCGCCACAGUAUAUAAAGCCAGAGAUAAGAACACCAGCCGGAUCGUCGCCAUUAAGAAAAUCAAACUUGGACAUAGAUCAGAAGCUAAAGAUGGUAUAAACAGAACAGCUUUAAGAGAGAUAAAAUUAUUACAGGAGCUAAGUCAUCCAAAUAUAAUUGGUCUGCUUGAUGCUUUUGGACAUAAAUCUAAUAUUAGCCUUGUCUUUGACUUUAUGGAAACUGAUUUAGAGGUUAUAAUAAAGGAUAAUAGUCUUGUGCUGACACCUUCUCACAUUAAAGCAUAUGUGUUGAUGACUCUUCAAGGGUUAGAAUAUUUACAUCAGCAUUGGAUUCUACAUAGGGAUCUAAAACCAAACAAUUUGUUGCUAGAUGAAAACGGAGUGCUAAAACUGGCAGAUUUUGGCCUGGCCAAAUCAUUUGGGAGCCCUAAUAGAGCAUAUACACAUCAGGUUGUAACCAGAUGGUAUCGGGCCCCUGAGUUGCUAUUUGGAGCUAGGAUGUAUGGUGUGGGUGUGGAUAUGUGGGCUGUUGGCUGCAUAUUAGCAGAAUUGCUUCUAAGGGUACCUUUUCUGCCAGGAGACUCAGAUCUUGAUCAGCUAACAAGAAUAUUUGAAACUUUGGGCACACCUACUGAGGAGCAGUGGCCUGACAUGUGCAGUCUUCCUGAUUACGUGACAUUUAAGAGUUUCCCUGGGAUCCCAUUACAACACAUCUUCAUUGCUGCAGGAGAUGACUUGCUUGAACUAAUACAAGGCUUAUUCUUAUUCAAUCCUUGCACUCGAAUUACAGCCUCACAGGCAUUGAAGACGAAGUACUUCAGUAACCGGCCAGGUCCAACCCCUGGUUGUCAGCUGCCAAGACCAAACUGUCCAGUGGAGACAUUAAAGGAGCAGUCCAAUCCAGCCAUGGCAACAAAACGGAAACGAACAGAGGGCUUAGAGCAAGGAGGAUUGCCUAAGAAGCUGAUUUUUUAGUAACAGAGACCGUGGACAGUGUUGCUAUUGAAGGAAAUAGUCUGAAAAGAAAAUAAGAAAAAAGUAAACAUUAAAUAAAUGCUAUAGAAGUGAACUUGUAAAUAAUCUACACGUGUAAAAUAUGUAAAAUUAUGUUAUUUUUAUUAAAUGUAUUUUAAAAUUAAAAAACUCUUCUUUUUCUGA